AUGUCUGUUGAGAUUGAUCCCCAGGAACUUGGCUUCCGCCGGCCCUUCACCGUCGAGGUCUCCCAGCUCCUGAAACUCAAGAACCCGAACAAGUCCCCGGUGGCUUUCAAGGUCAAAACAACCGCCCCCAAGCAGUACGGCCCGUACUGCGUGCGACCGAACUCUGGUCGCAUCGAGCCCGGUCAUGAAGUCGAGGUCACUGUCCUCCUCCAGGCCAUGAAGCAGGACCCUCCUGCGGAUACCAAGUGCCGAGACAAGUUCCUGGUCCAGUCUGUCCCCAUUUCUGGAGAUCUGGAAUUCAGCAAUGUGCAAACGAUCUGGGAGUCUGUUGAGAAGUCGCAGGUUCAAGAGAAGAAAAUAAGGGUCGUCUUCUUGCCUGCUGCUGGUGCAGGUUCCGCUGGAGGCGUUGCUGCUACUCCUGUCAAGCAGCCGCACUUGACAAACGGCGCCGAGCAAACUCCGGAUACCGUCCCUCCUCCUGCCUACGCCUCACCGGAAGAGCACCGACCCGCCAGCAGCAAUGCUCCCCCAUCCGAGGGGGUCUCUGAAUACAGGGAUGAUCCUGAUGUCACCGCACCGAUUGCUGCCUCUCCCCAAGCGCCGAGCGAGAUCUCCAAGGAAGAGUUGAAGCGUGAUCUCGCGAGCUCAGAGAGCAAGGAACAGGAAGGUCUGCGGCAGCGCAAGGGGCUUACCGCCGCUGCCGAGGUCCCUAAAGUUGGCCAAAUCGCUACCGCUGCAAGACCACAGGGUACGGAAGGCGUCCCGAUCCAGAUUGUCGCAGGUCUGUGUCUCGUCAGCUUCCUCUUGGCAUACUUCUUCUUCUAA